AUGCAGCAGCUUCUUGCGUGGUUCGACGGCGAGGAGCAUGCACGCAACAUGCCGUGGCGCAAGCCAUGGAUUGAUCCCAAUGCACGCUCUGCAAAGCGUGCGCGGCAUGCCGAGGACGAUGGCCCCAGUAUGCACGCGCGCCUCAAGGUGCGCGCAUACCAAGUAUGGAUCUCUGAAAUUAUGCUACAGCAGACGCGCGUCGAGACGGUGCGCGACUAUUGGAAUCGGUGGAUGGAGCGCUGGCCGACCAUCGAGGCGCUCGCUAGUGCGACGCGCGACGACGUGCUCAGUGCAUGGCGCGGCCUUGGCUAUUAUAGUCGUGCGACUCGCAUUCACCAGGCAGCGCAAAGUGUGGUACACCAUCCAACCCUGCAGGGCAUGCUUCCCGCACACGUGGAGGAUUUGCAGAAGAUGGUGCCAGGGGUCGGGCGCUACACAGCCGGCGCCAUCUCGUCCAUAGUGUUCGGGCAUGCCGUACCAAUACUGGACGGGAACAUUGCGCGCGUACUGAGCAGGCAGACUGGGCUGUACGCGGACCCUAAAUCCAAGGCAACCGUCGACUUGCUCUGGGACAUGGCGCGCCUUUUGGUCGAGCAGGCCGCAGCACAUGCUAAUGGUGAUGGCCAGGUGCCCGAACACAGUGCAACUCCCGGGCAGUGGAACCAAGCGCUAAUGGAGCUCGGAAGCACUUUGUGUACUGCACAGCGUCCCGAAUGCAAUGCUUGCCCGAUUCAGCGCACUUGCAUGGUAUACGCCGAGGGAAACUUGCCCGCCGAUGCGGCACAACACAAUGAUAUACCCGAUAUGGAGGACGUGUGCACGUUUUGCGCGCCGUUCCCUGAACAAACGGCCAUCGCCGCUCCGCAGCCGAAAGCACCGCCCAAGAAAAAGAUGAAGCAGACGACGCUGUUUGGGGCAGCACCACCGUCACAGCCCGAGCAACAAGCAUCACACGCGGCGCAACAGACGCUAGAAUAUGUGCGUCAGUUUCCCUUGAAAGUUGCGAAACAAGCAUCGCCUAUCGAGCCUCGCUUGGUAUGCAUCGUGCGCGCAUCUCCCCCGCCGGAUGGUCCGCCUGGAGAGGACCGCUUCUGGGUAGAGCAGCGCCCUGACAAGGGACUCCUCGCAGGCCUGUGGGAGUUUCCCAUGCAACUGCUUCUAGACGGUGCACAGACCAACUUGCUCGAUACUGCACGUGGCUAUAUCCAGCACCGUCUCCCACCGCCCUGGCCGUCGACCGAGACGCCUAUCGGCGUGGUUGCGUCCAACGCGCACGCACAAGGCACGGUGCGCCACGUGUUUAGCCAUCUUGUAUGGGACCUGCAAGUCGUGUUGCUCGACGCCAGCACUGCAUUUGAUCCAUCCAUUGAGGUGCAUCACAAUGUGGAGCGCCAUGGCGCAUGGCUGACUGCUGCAGAAGUGGAGUCUGCUACGAUGGGGACGGGAAUGCGGCGCUGCUGGUCAUUGAUUACUACUGAUGGGGCAUGUCACACGUAG